AUGAGCAGUUCCGGUUCCGAAAUUCUAACAGAUUCGGACGGACGACCAAUACAUAGAUUAGCUGAAGGUAGAUACUCAGUCAAACGACGAACUAGAGUCCGCCCUUCCACCACUCCAGACAAAAAGAAGCUUAGAGUCAAAACUGAAUUCACAACUCCUCCUCAACCACCAAAUACAAUAGAAAAUUCGGAUUCCUCCGAAUCCAGACAUAGUCGCUCGCAAUCCCUACCUUCGCGACUAACAUCUGCUUCUUCAUCCGUAGACACUCUUUCUCUUACAUUAUCCUCUUAUUCAUCACUCAAUACGUUGCGUACUCCUACUCCACAACCAUCGAACGAGCCUAUUGCGGAUCUUCCAUUGGAAAACCCAGUAGCCAAUAACUCGCAAAACCAGCACGUCCAAGCACCAACUGAAAGUCUUGGCGAUUUCAUUCAGCACAUUUUUCCGCCACCUCAUCAGAACAUCAUCGUACCCGUUCACAUUCCAAUGGAAGCUAAUCCCGUAGCCGAAAAUAAUUUAGAAUCUGCGUUCGAACGGCUAUGCCUAUCCUCGUAUGCUAGUAAACUCCCUAUCUUUUCAGGAGACAGGAUGGGGGAAAAUUUCAUGGAAUUUCUAAAUAAAUUCUACGAAAUAGGUCACAUAAUGGGGCUGACCGAACCAAAAAUGGCCCGUCUCCUUCCAGCCCACCUCAAAGGAGUCGCCAAGGCAGUAUACGACAAUCUAUCGGAUAACGAAAAAGCAGACUGGCGAGCAGCAAUAACCAAACUACAAGAACACUUUUCCACUGAUCAAUUCCUAGAUAUGGCUCGCGAAAGAAUCAUGAACAUGAGGAUGGAACUAGGCGAAGCACCUGUGGUUUUUUCCAAUAGAAUAAGGAAAGAGAUUUUGGACGCAUAUCCCCACGAUAAUCUCACGGAGCAACGCAAAUUCCUCCAGCAUAUGGUAUUCACAAAUGGGUUGCCCUAUAAAAUUAAGGAAAAGCUUAAACUCCUUGGUCCUCUUUCCAGCAACUACGAAACCCUAUUGCGAGACGCGGGACGCAUGUAUGAUAUAAGCAAAGCGAAUCCUGUUCCAGAAGAAGAUAUGCUUAUAGCAAAAAUUGAUAGAGCAAUUGAUACAAUAGUUUCCAAUAGAUCUCCUGCGCCUUCUACAUCGUAUUUCCGUAACCCGAACCGUAACUAUUAUCUUAAUGCUCGACCCAAUCAAUAUAACAAUUUCAACAAUCCUCGUAACCAAUUUAAUCCGCGUUUUCGAAGCCCUUCGCGUAAUAAUGUAAGGUUUGCUCCUAAUACACAGUAUAGGAAUGAAAGAGCGCGAACACCUGUUUUCCAAAAUCGUUCACCUAACCAAACCUACAACAGGGAUCAAGAACGUCCAUAUAGACGCCAAAAUCCCCAAUAUCGUCGCCAAACCUCCCCAUUUCGCCGCCCAAACUCGCCAUCUCGUAGACAAAAUUUCCAAAACCGUCGCCCACGUUCUCCAUUCCGUCAACGUUCAAACUCUUCAUCUCAUUUUCCAAUCAAUUCUAUAACUGCAAGCAGUCCUAGAACUAUAUUAAAACCUACAACUUCACUAUUUAUAGUGGCUAUUGUAAGUAUACUGAUAGCUCCUACCUCUGCUUUUUCACUUAAAUAUCAGCUCUGUUCAGCAGGUAAAUCAGGCUGGCCAAUUGCCUAUCCUGAUCCUGUAACAUGCACAAGUUCUCCUAAUGCUUCACAAGUUUUGAUUACUGGAGCUGACCUUUAUGUUGAGCGAACAGAACCAUUACUUUUGCAGGCAUAUCAUUGUUUCAAUAAAACUAGGAAAAUUUGCACGUCAUCAUAUUUACAUGUUUCAUUCUCAGUCAAUAGCGAUGAGGAAUUCAUGACUCCUAUAGAUCCUACUCUCUGCGAGUCUUUAACGCAAACCAAAAAGUAUCUUGAAUUUCCCUUGGAAAAGCUUUCUGCAAAUGUAUAUGGAUCGGAUAAUCAAAUCCAGUAUUCGUAUCCAUGGUUUUUUGGAGAAAAGUGUACCGUCACUACAACGUAUAUUUUGAAAAAGGAACAAUUGCAACUUUUGAUGGUAAUCAUUUAA